AUGUGCCAGUCUCAUACAGUUCGGAAGGAAGAAUCAGAUGAGUGGUUUUUAUCUCUACAAUACCUGAAUGCUAGUAUAAACAAUUUAUCUAUUUCUAAAUCAAUUUUAGAUAAUGGAAGUGAAUUUGGAGCCUUAAAUAAUGCAGCAAUUAAUGCCUUUAGAUGGAAAGCUGACAAUAUAAAGGAUAAGGAUGGUAAAACUGUUACAGCUACUGGAAAUUUUACACAUAUUGAUAAUGGUGAACCUGAAUCAAUGUUAUGUUUAGAUAUCAAUAAGAUGUCUCAAAUUCAUACAUUAUCAGAUAUAGGUGAAG